UGUUCCCAGCGUGCUGCCACCAUUUCCCACAACCACAGGGAUGGAGGCCGGUGAUGGCGGCCGCUGAGGCCGUGAGGGGACAGCACAACAGUGGAAGUGGGGAGAGAUUCCCAGAGAGGACACGGGACAAGGUAGAGCAGUGACCUGUUAGAGAAAGACACAAGUGAGCAUUCUCCCAGUGAUGCUUGCAAGAGCAUUUUCAGUGGCUGACCCUGAAAGAGUCAGAGGACGCAAACCUUCAGAAACACCAGGAGCUGAAGAGAAGAAAACACAGAAAAAGGAUAAGGCAAGAAAGGAAAGAAAGAAAUGUGGACCGUGUCUCCAUGCCCAAGGUGAUAGAAAAGCAGGAUGGAAGAAAUGUCCGGCUGCGAAAGCCCCGUGUUUGAACUCCUCCUUUCUGACCCUGCAGAGCGGGGUGGUUUACCAGGACAGAAAUGCCACAGCCCAGCGAAUAUCCUCAGCCAGGCUCCACAAAAUCAAAGAGCUGAAGAACGAAAUAUUUGACAUUGGAAGGAAAAUCGAGGCGUCGAGCUUGGAGAACCAGGCUUUGAAAGAGCUGAACCGCCGGCACGCCAGGGCCAUCGGCAGGUACAACAACGCCGAGAGCCACCUGCAAGGGCUGCUGGCAGGACAUCACAAGGAGACCACAGAGCUCGGCAAACUCCUCAAGAUGUCCCAGGAGGCGGAGAAAAACACGGCCAAGGAGCUCAAAAAAGUUGAAGCGGAGCUGAGGAGAACUAAUGGUGAUCUGAAGACUUUGGUUAUGCUGUCAGAAGACAAAGCUCUGGCGGAAAGGGAGGAACUCAGUCACAGGUUGUCAGUCCUUAAUAAAACGUUGGAAGCAAAGGAUGAGAGGAUACAGAAUCUGGAAAUGCAGCUGAAGCUGAACAACAGCACCUAUAGUCGUUGGCUGGCAAGUGAGAGUAAAAAACUCCUGGAAGCUACAAUGAUCACAAAAGACUUGCUAAUGGAAAUUAACAUCGUUCACCAAAAAAUUAAGGAAAAGGAUCGGCAGCUUUACAUACAGAAUAUUUAUGCAAAUCGGAUGCCAAAAGCCCUGAGGGACAGAAGUGAUUGGCUUCCUAAUGACCAAAGUCUGAGAGCAGACAGAUCAGUACAAGUAGAUAAAGAGAGUUUUAGAGAACUGCUGCUGUCUCAGCACCAGGAUACAGAGAAAAAUCCAAUGCAGCUAAAAAAGGAGAAAAGAGGAGAUAAGGGUGGGGAAGGUAAAGCAAGAGAAGUGUGCUCAGAUGCCUGGUGUAGAAAAGAAAAAGAAGAAACCAAGAAAGUACCAACACCAGAAACUUCUAACAGGACACAUGGAGGGGGCAAACUACUGAUGGAAAAAGGCAAUUUUUCAGAAUUUAUUAAAGAAAUGGAAAAAGAGACAGAGUUUCUUAAACAGAAGUUGAAAAGUCUGAUGAAAUCUGAACAAAAUCCUCAAAGAGAAGGAGCAAAGAACAAUCAAGAGGGAGAGGCAGUGGAAGAAGUUGAAAAUGAAGAGAAGAAACCGUAUGAGCAGCAAAAGAAGAAAGCCAGGAGUGAAGAAGCAAUUCCAAGCAAAGACUUUGCUAGGCUGAAAAAAAUCUACCUCUCCUCAGAAGGUGUUGAGAGUUUGCAUCAGGGGCUCCACACCUCAGGUGCCAAAUGCAAAGCAGGCAGCCAGAGCCAGGCAGGCCAGAGCUGCAGGGACACUGCUGAGUCCAGGGGGAAAAUCUCCUUUGGGGCUUAUGAACCUUCUUUUGGGCAAAUCCCCCUGGCCAGGCAGGGUGGCAGAUGUGGAGUGGAAGAAAGACCUGAGGAAGGAGGUUUUUGGGGAGGGCUGUUUGCAAGGAGACAGCCCCUCGAGUUGCACCAGCAGCAGGGUGAAGGCAGGCAAGUGAGGGGUGCAAGGCAAAUCCCAAACUCCAGGACAGGGUUCAGCUCUCCUCAUUAAAACCAGCUCCAGAGAAUGUACAAUGAUUUCUGGUGGUUAAGUACAUCAGCUUACCUUUAGAGAGUUUAUACAUUCAGAUUGUUAAAAAACAAAUGUUUUACUGAAAUGUUUAUUAAAUCUUACAAGCACUGGCUCCAUGAUUUUUUCCAAAACAAUCCAAUCAGUUGUCAGAAAAAAACCAUUCUGUGCUCGGUGUGUAUUCACAAAAAUGUGUUGUAUUGAGAAUUCCUUAAUGUUUUCACCUGUUAGCAGGUAAAAGUUAGUCCAUGUUUAGGAACUUCCAGGUUUUUGCAUUCCCAAGGAGCUGGAAUUUGGAAUUUGGGUUGUUGUCAGCUCUCUGACACGAGAACCUGCUUUUCUAAGGUUCACUGCUGGGUGAGGACCAACAAUGCAAUAAAAACCCCACUUUUUUAGUUCCUUCACUCCCCAAACAGCUUCCAGAAGUCACAGAUAAUAAAAAUAAUUUGCUCCUACAUUGUUUUCACAAGCAUUAGAAACCUCUAAAGCCUCAUUCUUUCCCACUGUUGGAACUUAUCAAAGCAAUUUGCCUGGUAACUUCCCCAGCUGACAUCCAGAGAUGAAUGUGCAAGAGGAAAGCAUUGUUUUGGAGAAGUCAGGCAUAGCCAGUCCCCAAAAAGCCUCUAAAAAUCCUUGUUUAAGGUUAUGUAAGCGAGGGGAGGAGGAUUGUGUUUUGUUCCUCACAGUAAUUCAUUAAAUACUUGCUAAAUUCAUGUGAAGUUUGGAAAAAUUAGAGGCAUUCUGUUAAUUUUUAAAGGCAGUAGCACUUUUAAAAAUGUCAGAAAUGACACCACAAAAGCUUUUAAAGAUGACAAAGACAUUCAGACCUGAACCUGCUUGCAGCAACAUUUCAAAGGUUUAGAAAAAUAGUUAAAAAAAUAAAUUAGUCCAGUUGAUUCAAACAGUAUUUUCUUAUGCACAAACAUGGGGGGUGUUGUUUUGGCUUGGAUUUUGGUGCCUUUGGGGUUGGAUUUUGCCAUUUUGGCUUUGUUUGUUUGUUUGGAGGUUUUGUGGAUUGUUUAGGAAAACUGCAGUUAACAUUAAAAAAGAGAUGAGAAAACCUAAGAUGAGUGGAAAAGCUUUAUUUCCUUAAUAAAAUCACAAUUAUACAUAACAUUCAAUCACAUUUUUACCUUGAUAUUUAUUUUCAUGUUGGCUAAAUACAAUUCCUAAUAUAAAAUCCCAAUUUUUAAAUUAACAUUAAAAAAACAAACAAACAAAAAUAUUUAAUCUAUACACACAACAGAACCUCACCUUUUGAACUGGUUUUUAAAGGCAGUGCCAAUUUUAGAGGGUCCUGGCCCCUUCCUUCCUGCAGGGAGGAAAAGGCCCUGGAAUGACAGAACAGAUCAUUCCUCUGUGGGAAUUCCAGAGUGGGAAGCUAAAUCAGCAUCCCCUCUGCAGGAACAGCACUGUCUUCUGCAUCAUUGACAGCAGCCUGUGUUUGGCAGCUGAAGAAACCUCUUAAAGAGAUAAAAUCUUAUUAAACACAUCUAUUUUUUUUUUUAGGAAAGCUCAAGAAUAUUCCAAUUUUAAGG